AAGCCCAAGGAAUCGAUAGUUUUAUAUUUAGUUCGAUUCUUUCGACCAUUUGCCGCGGCAAGGAGGUGCCGAUCCUUGUCUUUAAAUCUUUCUUUUACCAGACAGCCAGCAACAUGUCAGAAUCAGGAGACACCACGAUUCUCGUGUCAAACAACAGAAUCUACCGUGGUCUCCCAGUCUAUGGCAGUGUCCACAAGGGCUAUGUAGCUCUCGUCGUUGGCGCCAAUGGGUUGACCGGCACACACAUGGCGAGAGUUCUAGGUGCUUCUCCUGGGAGGUGGGAGAAGGUUUAUUGUCUCUCCCGCAGUCAUGCAUCGGCUGACUUCCCCUCCAACGUCGACUUCAUUCAAUCAGACUUACUCUCUGGCACAGAGGAACUCGGUCGUACUCUCAGGGACUUGAAUGGCAACAUAGAUUAUGUCUUCUUUUUCGCAUACACGCAGCCCCCCCCUAGCAAUGGUGGCAGGCUAUGGAGCAACGUGGACGAGAUGGUCAGCUCCAACAGGGCCCUCCUUGUUAAUCUCCUAAGUGCGCUAGACUACGCAAACAUCAAACCACGGCGUUUCCUGCUCCAGACCGGUGGAAAGAAUUACGGUGUUCACCUAGGGCCUACCAAAACACCACAAGAGGAGUGGUUUCCGCGGUGCGACCUGGAGCCCAACUUUUACUACUUCCAAGAGGAUUCUCUGUGGGAUUGGUGCCGCAAAAAUGCCACGGAAUGGGUUAUCUCGAUGCCUUCUUUCGUCAUUGGCGCCGUCCCGCACUGUCAAAUGAGCCUCGCUCUCCCCCUCGGCAUCUAUGCUGCUGUUUCUGCGUAUUUGGGAGAGCCAUUGGUCUUCUUGGGAGACAUCUCGGCCUGGACCACUGUACAGCGAAACAGCAGCGCGAUGCUUAACGCAUACUUUGCGGAGUGGUUGGCUCUGGAAGAAAAAACCGCCAAUGAGAAAUUCAACUCUACUGAUGGCACGAUCUGGACCUGGGAGAUGAUGUUCCCGCGCAUCGCAGACUGGUACGGAAUCAAAGUUGAGGGCCCCAGGCCUGACGACUCACCAGAUUACAUUACCGUACCGGCGAGGGACCGUCUCCCACCCAGAGGAUACAAGUCCUCGACAAGACCCCGCUUCCGAUCGAUGACAACUAGCUGGGCGAAACAGUCGAAAGUGCAGACUGCUUGGAAUAAGUUGAAAGAAGAUCAUGGCCUGAAGAAUGGUGCCAUGGACAAUAUAGAGAGCACAUUCGCAAUUCUGGAUGGUGCAAUGAUUUUCCCCAGCUCCGGUGUCAUGAGCACGGACAAGGCAAGAAAAAGAGGAUGGAAUGGGUAUGUCGACUCGUACGAAUCAUUGCUGGAGACACUGGAUGAGCUUGCUGAGUUAAAGCUCAUCCCACCAGUCCCGAAAGUAAAAGUGCAGUUCAUGUAAACAAGGAGGUCGGCAUGUGUUCCAAUCACUCUGGUUUUUUGAAAAACGGGUGUGUUCUAUGGAGUAGUCUCUGCGACCUGUUCAGUCACAUAAAGAGGAGAGAAAGAUAGGAACGGGAACUAGAGGACUAUGAUUCGUUUCACUUUGAAGAAUAUAUGGAACUUCUCGAGACUAUGGUGUUUUUUCGAAGAAUAGAGAUUUCAAGAAUGUUUGGUUACAGC